AUGAGUGAACAAAGACAGCGAGCCCUGUCCACGUCAGGCGAGGCUCUGUACCAGGUGCUUGGCCUUGACAAGAACUGCACCCACGAUGACAUCAAGAAAUCAUACAGGAAGCUCGCUUUGAAAUAUCACCCAGAUAAGAACCCGGAGAACCCUGAUGCUGCCGAGAAGUUCAAGGAGCUUAACAAUGCUCACUCCGUGCUCUCGGACGUCACAAAACGGAACAUUUAUGACAAAUAUGGCUCGUUGGGGCUCUACGUGGCCCAGCAGUUCGGAGAGGAGAACGUGAAUACUUAUUUUAUGCUCUCCAGUUGGUGGGCCAAGGGUCUGUUUGCCAUUUGCGGCUUGCUGACAGGCUGCUAUUUCUGCUGCUGUCUGUGUUGCUGCUUCAACUGCUGCUGUGGGAAGUGUAAGCCUCAUACUCCUGGAGAGGAAGACACUGAGUGCUACGUGUCUCCUGAAGACCUGGAAGAACAGAUUCGAACGGACUCGGAGAGGGAUGGUGAUACUCCAGUAAUGCAUCAGCCAACUAAUGCGAGUGAGAAGACCCAGCUGAUCGGGGACGGACACCGGACAUACACCUGA